AUGCGGGACAAAGCUGCAGCGAACCCACAUAGAGCACGCAGGACGCACCAAAAGUCACGCCUAGGCUGUUUAAAUUGCAAGAGACGCCGCAUUAAGUGCGACGAAAAGCAGCCGUUGUGCUCAAAUUGUGCAAAUCAUGGGAUACAUUGCGAAUUUCCGUCGCAUUUGAGAGAUCAUUAUUCGUCGGCUGAAGGCAGGUUGGGUUUUUCUGUACCACGACCACCUUCGGAAUCAUAUCGAUUUAGAAACUAUGAAUUUUCGCCUUCGGGGGUAAAACAAGUAGCUUCACCCAGAAAAGACAAUGAGAGACAGAAGUAUACUACUUCUAAUGGGACGCAAUGUGAUCUCUCCAAGCAGGCCUCCGACGUGAUUUCAUUUGUUGAUCUUGAACUCUUCCAUAACUUCACCGUUGCCACAUACCGAACUUUUGGAGACAACCUGGAGGCCUACGACGUUUGGCAAACGCACAUUGUUCAAUGGGGCCUUAGUUUUCCCUCAAUAUUUCAUCUAAUGCUAGCCCUAUCUGCUCUUCAUCUCAGUUAUGAGCGGCCUGAUCUUCGAGAAAAGUAUAUUCAACAAGCCGACAACCAUUUCACUUUCGGUGUGCGGUCUGUUACCUCCGUGCUCUCACAAAUAACUCCUGAUAAUUGUCAAAAAGUCUAUAUUUCGGCGGUAAUGAUUUGCUUUGUGUAUUUUGGCAGAGGACCUCGGCCGGGAGAAUACCUCAUUUUUAGUCAAAAUGGCCCUGCUGAAUGGCUAGUCUUGAUGCAUGGAGUGAGAUUGCUUGUUCAAAAUUAUCGCGACAAAAUCUUCUGCGGAAUUUUGAUGCCCAAAGAGAAAAGUAUUGAAAGGGAUAUUCACCAACCGUUGCUUGCGGAAUUGCAUGAACACAUUACGCAUAUACAAGUAGUCGAAAAACUUGUAAAUGACAAUGUUUCAGAUACGACCUACCGUGCUUUGUAUGCGUCGGUGAUCAAGGACUUGCUGUCAAUUUUGACAGAAGUAUACCAAAAGCGUUCUGCCCAGAUACCUAGGGCAGGACUAACACAAGUUUUAAUGGGUUGGCUUUAUCGGCUUCCAACGGAAAUUGUGGCUCUACUGGAGCAGAAAGACCCCCUUUCACUCGUUAUUUUGUCUUAUUGGGCAAUGCUGCUGAGCCAUAUGAGAUCAGUAUGGUUUAUGAGAGGUUGGGAUAGGCAUGUACUCGAAGGUAUUCGUGCUAACCUUCCAGCGAGAUUUCAAUGGUGGAUUAAGUGGCCAGAAAAACAAGUUCAGAUGUACGAUGAACGAAGUUUAGAAUAA